CCCCAGUAUGGUCCUUGGUCAGGGCGAUCCGCCCAGCCCCCCCUAGAAAGUUGGCAACCUAGCUAGCCAAAAGAAGCUUCCCCUUUUCCUGAAACUUACUCUGUCCGUGGUGCUGAACCAUUCUAUCGAGACCCGCCCAGACGGGUGCUGUCAGCCGCUGAAAAAAAAUCUUCCCUGAGGCUGCCCAAAUCAGAACUGUGUAUCUUUUAUUUACUCACGUCCUCAAAGAGCAGCAAGCCUUCUCCAUCUUAAUUUGACUCUACCGCAAAGCACAGUUACGCUGGCGUGAUGGGAGGAGAUCAUGGGCAGAGAGGAAAAACUAAUAGCAGCACUGCUCACCUGAGACCUGAGGUGCUACCAUGAGUUUUGAAUAUGCUCUGCUCUUUACAGCAAAUACACCAUUUUUAAAAGUACUAUUCUUUUGACUUUGCUGUUACCCAAGGGUUCUGUGAUAUUCCGGCCCCUCCGUUUAAAAGCCAGCAGACUUGAGAGCAGUAAGUCUUCAAAACCGGGAAUUUGCAUUGUUUUUCAGCUGACCGACUUCCAGGACAAGGACUCAACCGCAUCUACUCAAAUACCAUGGCACUGCUUGCACCCUUUGCCACCGGAUCCUCCCCUUCCAAUGAGACUUUCUGAUUGUGUCUACCAACUCUCCUAUUAGGAAACCCGUGGGUUGCAUGCAGCUAUUCUGUUGUAUUCUCAUUCUCACUCUCCCUCCCUUCUCUCACUCUCACUCUUGCUGGAGGCAAGCCACUACCAUUCUGCUAAGAAGGAAAAGCCCACAACUGCCUUAAGAGAUUAAGACAGUAUGUGCAAUCCUCGCCUUUCCUAGCAAUCACUGUUUAAAUCUGGCAAGAGCUGACAACAGUCUUUGAAAGAAUGGAAUCGGUAAAACAAAGGAUUUUGGCCCCAGGAAAAGAGGGGCUAAAGAAUUUUGCUGGAAAAUCCCUCGGCCAGAUCUACAGGGUGCUGGAGAAGAAGCAAGACACCGGGGAGACUAUCGAGCUGACAGAAGAUGGGAAGCCCCUAGAGGUGCCUGAGAGGAAGGCGCCGCUGUGCGACUGCACGUGCUUUGGUCUGCCGCGCCGCUACAUCAUCGCCAUCAUGAGCGGCCUGGGCUUCUGCAUCUCCUUCGGCAUCCGCUGCAACCUGGGCGUGGCCAUCGUGGACAUGGUCAACAACAGCACCAUCCACCGCGGGGGCAAGGUCAUCAAGGAGAAAGCCAAAUUCAACUGGGACCCGGAAACCGUGGGGAUGAUCCACGGUUCCUUCUUUUGGGGCUACAUCAUCACCCAGAUUCCGGGAGGCUACAUCGCAUCUCGGCUGGCAGCCAACAGGGUGUUUGGAGCUGCCAUACUUCUUACCUCUACCCUAAAUAUGCUAAUUCCGUCAGCAGCCAGAGUACACUAUGGAUGUGUCAUAUUUGUUAGAAUACUGCAGGGACUUGUUGAGGGUGUUACCUACCCAGCAUGUCAUGGGAUAUGGAGCAAAUGGGCCCCACCUCUAGAGAGGAGUAGACUGGCAACCACCUCCUUUUGUGGUUCCUAUGCCGGAGCUGUGAUUGCAAUGCCUUUAGCUGGCAUUCUUGUACAGUAUACUGGCUGGUCUUCAGUAUUUUAUGUCUAUGGAAGCUUUGGAAUGGUCUGGUACAUGUUUUGGCUUUUGGUGUCUUAUGAAAGUCCUGCAAAGCAUCCUACUAUUACAGAUGAAGAACGUAGGUACAUAGAAGAAAGCAUUGGAGAGAGUGCAAAUCUUUUAGGUGCAAUGGAAAAAUUCAAGACUCCAUGGAGGAAAUUUUUUACAUCCAUGCCAGUCUAUGCAAUAAUUGUUGCAAACUUCUGCAGAAGCUGGACUUUUUAUUUAUUGCUCAUUAGUCAGCCAGCAUAUUUCGAGGAAGUCUUUGGAUUUGAAAUUAGCAAGGUUGGCAUGCUAUCUGCUGUGCCACACUUAGUAAUGACAAUUAUUGUGCCUAUUGGAGGGCAAAUUGCAGAUUUUCUAAGAAGCAAGCAGAUUCUUUCAACUACUACAGUGAGAAAGAUCAUGAAUUGUGGUGGUUUUGGCAUGGAAGCCACACUGCUCCUGGUCGUUGGCUAUUCUCAUACUAGAGGGGUAGCAAUCUCAUUCUUGGUACUUGCAGUGGGGUUCAGUGGAUUUGCUAUAUCUGGUUUCAAUGUUAACCACUUGGAUAUUGCUCCAAGAUAUGCCAGUAUCUUAAUGGGCAUUUCGAAUGGUGUCGGCACAUUGUCAGGAAUGGUUUGUCCUAUCAUUGUUGGUGCAAUGACAAAGAAUAAGUCACGUGAAGAGUGGCAGUAUGUCUUCCUGAUCGCUGCCCUAGUCCACUAUGGUGGAGUUAUAUUUUAUGCAAUAUUUGCCUCGGGAGAGAAACAACCCUGGGCAGACCCUGAGGAAACAAGUGAAGAAAAAUGUGGAUUUAUUCAUGAAGAUGAACUUGAUGAAGAAACAGGGGACAUUACUCAAAAUUAUAUAAAUUAUGGUACCACCAAGUCUUAUGGUGCCACAACACAGGCCAAUGGAGGUUGGCCCAAUGGUUGGGAAAAGAAAGAGGAAUUUGUACAAGGAGAAGUACAAGACUCAUACAGCUAUAAGGACCGAGAUGAUUAUUCAUAACAAAACCAAUUACUGGAUUUAUUUUUAGUGUUUGUGAUUAAAUUCAUUGUGAUUGCACA